UCUUCGAACAAGCUCCGGAUAAGGUUCACCUGUUUCUUUCAGAGGUUGUUGUUUGGCUUUCUCAACGUUUUCAAUUUAGUAUCCGAUUUGAGAAUGUGCACCACAGCUGUUUAAUACCUUUCAUUUGUGGCCAAAAUAGGAAGGUAUGGUGAGACAGUUUGAUGAAUUGAGGCAAUUCAAAUAACUUUUAAGUAGAUUUCAAAAAGAAUUACAAACUCCUAUGGAUUUCUAAUUAAACUAUACUGUCAUCAGGAAAAAGGAAAGAAAAAUCAUCAGUUUUAGGUUAGAAGGCGUUAUAGGAACGGAACAUAAUCAAUAAAGGUUUAUUAUGCAUUUAGAAAACAGGUGUCUAGAGUGCAGUGUGUCUAAAGAAGGGAGAAGGAAGGAGGGGUGAGAAAUGUAUGGGGCCGGCUGAGGGGGAGGAGGAGGAUGGGAUGGCUGUCCCUUCCCCUCGUCCUCUGUCUGACGGUGUUGGGCCAGUGCUGGGCUGUUUGUCGCCUUUCUGAACACACGUGUGACAACGGGCGCUGCAUUGAAUCUGGCCGAUACUGCGACGGCAACGAUGACUGUGGAGACUUGAGUGACGAACCAUCCGCCUGCACAAACUGUAACCGCACAUUCUACUCUGAAGUAAAUAUAAAGAAUGCUCUGAGGAUGACAGCCCCUUUUCAGAGGCCACUACCUUACGUAUGUUCCAUGACUUUUGUUGCUGCUGGGGGUGACUACGGAGAUGUUGUUCAGCUAACCUUCCUAUCAUUCCAAAUUGGAACUCUUGAACAAGAAAACAAUUACAACCUGUCUUGCCAGAAAGGAUACUUACAAAUAAUUGAGCCACCAGCUGUGACUAACGCUCUUCAUAGUCAACAAACAAGAGGAUUCACACAAUUGAUUUCUGCUUUGAAAGAACCCACUGAACAGUUGUCAUCCCUGUUUGAUACUACAAGGGGGAACCCAAACUUUGGCCGAUUCUGUGGAGACAUGAUUGGCAAGAGUGCUACAUUCUACACUGAAGGCAACAAUGUCACACUGCGAGUGGUCAUCCCUGGCAAAACAGCGCUCCACCCUUUUUCAUUUAGUGUAUAUUUGACUUAUAAGUUUCUUCCUAGAGACGCAGCUCCUUCUACACAGAGUACUGCACCUCAUCCACCUUCCCAACCACAACAGCAAGAGCAACAGCAUCCAUCUGUAAUCAAACCUCACGGAUCUUCAAAUAACAAUUAUUAUUAUGGGACUAGACUUAUGAACACUUAUUGUGAUAGGGUUCUUGUUAACUGUGAUCGAAAGAAAUGUGCCAUCCGGUCUCCGAACUUCCCAGGUUUUUAUCUUAGGAACAUAACGUGCCAUUUUUGGGUGCGGCAGGAUCAUGUGCCACAUGGCAAGCAUGCAAACAUAGUCCUUUCUCAAAGUAACGAGUACAAGAUUUCGUUAUAUACCGGUCGGUCCAAUCCUAUGUCCUAUCCGCAUGUUUCACUUACUGAAGAAUGCUACAGUGAUGUAAUUAGGAUAUUUGACGGACCAACAAUCACCUCUCCUUUGCUUAUUGAAUUUUGUGGUGCUGGAACACUCCCUGAAAUUAUAUCAAGCAGUUCAGAGAUUUUAGUGCAGCUAUAUAGCAUACCAAACCAAGUAAUGCAUAACUCCCAUGCUGAAAUAAACGUGGAAGUGAGAUUCACAGAUACCACCGACUACCGUGCACACAAUGGUAAAUGUGACUUCACAAUCGAAGGCUCGAAACACCGCUACGGAUUAGUUUACAGCCCUCGACAUACAGUUCCAAGAAAUACGACAUGUUCUUUCAAACUACAAGGUGCGAACGCGCAUGACAGGGUAUGGUUUUAUUUCUUAUCGUAUUUUGUCGAAGACAAGCAUCCCUGGUCAAGGAGAGAAACUUGCGAAGUUGGUAAGUUAGAGCUUUAUGAAACAGGCAGUGCCCGAAAAAGAGAUGCAGCUGCUCUACUUGUAACUUCAAAUUUUGAAGAUGCCGGAAAUGAACGAAGUCUUCCGGAUAAGAAGUCAGACGAACCAUCUUAUCGUUUUUGUGAAAAAACGUUUCCAAAGGUCUGUGCCCGAGCAGCUGAUAAACCUGACUAUGUUCCAGUCCGUCCAUGUAAGGUUCCCGAUGAAAGUUAUUUAUCACGUGGUCCGGGACUCAUUGUUAAACACAAUGUUUUCACUACACCCGAAUUAUCAACUUCAAGUAGUUCGUUUAUUUUGCGAUAUGAGUUUGUUGAUAUGAGGCAGCAUGGCAUGGCUAUAUCCAACAGCCACAAUCCGUGCGACAGACGGUUUGAUAGUAGAACGAAUCACAUUGGAACAGUAUCUUCGCCAAAAAAUGUGUUCUUUUUUGGACGGGGUGGAACUCUGAAUGUUUCCUGUACAUACGAAUUUUUAGGACUUCCUAGUGAAAGAAUUGUUUUGACAUUCACAGAUAUACGGUUGAGUUCAUCGAGUUGUGAGCACCAUUAUGACCCUGUGAUGGAACGGCACACAUGCCGUAGUGUGAAAAGUUAUAGGUCGCCGAAAAGAACUGCUAGUAUUAAUGUGAUAGAAAAGACAACUGGGAAUAUCCAAUCUUCCCUAGCUUGCUUUUGUGAAUUACAAUCUGAACCCAGAAGACCACUGGUGAUCGAAUCUGUAACAAAUUAUGUCAAAGUUUCAUUUUCUGUAUCUAAUAUGUCCCCUUUUGAUGAUUUUAACAAUUUUGGUUUUGAUGCUGUUUAUGAGUUCAUGCCUAUAUCUUUAUGUGAUGCUGAUAUCCACAGGAAAAAUGGAUCAAGCGAAGGCGAAGUUGUUUUCCAAGUACCAACUACAGUCGAGGGACGAGCAAUGCCUCUUCGAUGUCGAUGGCUUCUUGAGGCGGCACCUCAUAAAUAUCUCUACUUAAGAUUCAAAGGCACAGACGGAGGUGAAGGUUGCCAUUCUGGAAACAAAAUUAUUGUGUAUGCUGGAUUGCCAGUACAACCACUAUCAGUAGUCUGCUUACAUGGCGGGCAUAAAAACCCACCUUCUAUUGCUGGCGCAGAAUCUGCAUCUUCGUCAGCAGCUGGUGAUGACGAACGAGAAGUUGACGUUUUUUCAAACUAUUGGUACAAUGAUUCGGCUCAAGACAGUGGUGGUCGUUACGUACUUCGCGAUCACGUGUACAUUGAAGUGCUGGCCAACCAUGCCGAAACAGUUCGCUUUGAGUGGUUAGAAGUGACCAAACCUUUUUUCAGAACUCGUACAGGACAGACUCUAAGAGACAUGAACUGUCCGUAUGAAUGUCCAGAAUUAAAUGCCUGCAUAGGACCUGAACUUUGGUGUGACGGACGAAAGCAUUGCCCAUCUGGGUAUGAUGAGGCUCCUGUCCACUGUGACAAAUUUCCAACCACAUAUAUAGUGGGUGGAAUAUCUGCUGGUGCUAUCCUACUUUUGUUGGCUUUAACUCUGAUAAUGGUUCGCUGCCGGCGACGAGACUUUAAAGAAUCCAGACCUGUGCCAACGGAAGACUUCCCAAUGGAUAGCCCGCAUGUGUGAUAGAAGCUUAUGGGGGAAUAUUGUGUUUGUAAUGUGUACUGUAUUCACCUGUAUGUAUAAAAGGCGAGUGUGACACUAAAUUGCCUUGUUUGUUUCCUAAAGUUCUAUUUAUAUAAGGAAAUCUCGUUCUAUAAAAAGGAAAAUUCUUUUUGCAUACUUUAGUUUUUAAAAAAAAUAAAACAGUAAAAAUAACAAUAAAUUUAAAACUUUAUACACCCCAAUAACUAAGGAUAUGCC